AUCAGGAAAACAACCUUUAAUUCUACGAUAUGGUUUUCGUAUAACUUUAUGAGAUAUUGAUUUGCAUGCAGAAAUAUCUAACAACCCAUUUUGGCUUCCCCUUAUAAGUAGCCCUUGGAAUAUAGUUCACCGAUUUGAGCUCGAAAAUCAGUAGGGCUUUGCGCAUUGGCUGAAAACGAACAAACGAGCAAACAAGUCUUCCAAUAACAUGUGAUCCAGCCCCGCUCAAUCAAAAUUACCUAAAGCCAUAUCUAUAUACAAGUUAAAAUCCUAACAAAACUCGAGAAACGAAAACAGGACGAGAACUUAACAAAAUGUCCAGCGAGCAGUCGAACAAUCAACCGGAAACGGAAACGGGAACGGUAACGGAAAAUCAAGUCGAGGCUGAAUCACAAGUAGAACCCAUUGAAGUUGAAGCCUUGUCGAUCGCCAGUAUGACCAGUUCCGAGGAUGAGGCAGCAGCCAGCACUAGCCACAGUCCAUCGGGAAAAGCGGACAAGGCACAACCAAUCAGUGGCUGUGUGGUGCGAAUAAAGCGGGAAUUGCAGGAUAUACGGAAACAUCCACCACCGAAUUGCAAUGCUGAUAUGUAUGAGGAGGAUCUAUUUCGUUGGACGGCCGGUGUGGACGGACCAGCUGGCUCCGUUUACGAAGGCGGUCAUUUCCGGUUGGACAUCCGAUUUCCGUCCAGCUAUCCCUUCCGGCCGCCACGCAUCCGGUUCAACACCAGGAUAUACCAUUGCAACGUGGACAGUCGAGGUGCCAUUUGCCUAGAUGUCCUCGGGGAACGAUGGUCGCCAGUGAUGAAUGUGGCCAAGGUCUUGCUAUCCAUUUACGUGCUGAUGAGUGAGUGCAAUCCAGAGGAUCCGCUGGUCAUGUGCAUUGCCGAUCAGUAUAAGACCAAUCGUAAGGAGCACGACAAGAUUGCCAGACACUGGACCAAGCUGUUUGCCAUGACCAAGGCCCAGAAUAACGAUAAAGAGAAGGUUAAGGAAGUUGAUAAAGAUGAGGAUAAGGAUCAAGAUCAGGGUCAGAGUCAGAGUCAGGAACAGAACGCAGUGCCAAGUCAGCCAGAAAAUUAGCAGUCAAAGAAGAAGAAACAGCCAAUGCCCAAAGGUCAAAGUUUUAGCCCCAUUAAUCAGACACUAACAUAAACACACAUUAAACUAAAACCAUUCUUAUGCGCCUUUCUUGAGCCAAUAAAUUUUCAAAUUUACUUCCACUCUAUGUGAUGGCUCUAGAAUGUUUAAUCCUGAUCUGAACACAAUAUAAAUAUUAAAGUAUCUUCAAGUCAUA